AUGAGCGAAGAUUCAAAAAUCGAUAAUCAACCGGGCAAUGAGUCGGAAUCGUCGUCAGCAACGUCGUCAACGGAUUCGAUUCCUCCGUUUUCAGAAAUUCAAAUAAUCGAGGUGAAUCGUGAGAACUUCUCCAAAAUCUGGCCCUAUCUCCUGGUCUGUGUUAAAUCCGCCGACUUCAUCGGAAUCGAUUUGGAACUCAGUGGUCUAGGCGGACAGGGAUUACGGUCAAAAGAUGUGCAAGAGAGAUACAAGACGAUUCGAGAGGCCGCCCAUACCCGGAGUAUUCUCUCCAUCGGAAUCGCCACAAUGAAACUGACUCAUAAAAGUGAAAAGAGACGGGCUCUUCGCUACGAGACCCAAGUUUUUAAUCUGUUGACACUCUCGGAAAAACCAUUCACAAUUGAACCAUCUGCUCUUCAAUUUCUUGCAAAACACUCUUUCGAUUUCAAUCGUCUCAUUCAAUCUGGUGUUCAAUUCCAGGGAACCAAUUGUCCACUGAAAACGCUAUUCCAUGAGUUGCUAGGCUCUUCAAGCACACUUUGUCUUCACAAUGGUCUCAUCGAUUUGGCAUUUUUAUACAAGCAAAUGUACGGAGUGGAACUUCCCGAGACUCUCGACGAAUUAGUGAACAAUUUGAGUGAUUUGUUUCCGGAGGACUACUUGCCAGUGGCUGAUUCAAAGUAUCUAGCAGAGUAUCAGACUAGAUACAAGGCUUCCUAUUUGGAAUACGUUUUCAGACGAACUCAAGGAGACAACGAAAUCGAGCGACAAUCCAAGCGGUACCACUUGGAAAUCGUCUUCCCAUCUCCCGAAAACAAAAUGAAGGUUCUGAAAGAAGCCACGGAAAGCGUCGACGUCCGUCUUCCAGAAGGAUUCCCAGACCAUGCGAUUCCCAUUGAUCUCCAUAUCCACACAUGCAAAUACUUUGCCGCACACGGCUUCUGCCACGCCCAUCGAUCUGAAAAAGGCUGUAAAAUGUUGCAUGACGUGGAUGCGGCGAUCGAUUUGCAACGGAUUAAAGAGAACAAGAAGGCGUUCAGAAGAAAGAGAAGAUAUAAUAAUGUGGUGGCUGAAUCGGUUGCUGAAAAGACUGGAACUGAUGAGGAGGCGUGGAAAAAUGCGAAAUUCCAGGAGAAACUGCUGACGAGAGAUUUUCGGGAGCAGAAGAGAAAUGUGGUUACGGGAUUGCAUCGAGCGGGGGUGGAUGCGUUUAUGACGGUUUUUGCAGUGAUUUAUCAGCAGAGAAGGACACUGAUGACUGAGGAUUCUGUUGAUUUACAGGUACUGUAG